AUGAAUAAUGGAACGAGUUUUCAAAGUGAAGCGUUAGAUGGGAAUGAUACACGUGUAAUAACUUUUGUUUCCAAUUCAACACCUUUAGCCACGGAUAUUGAUCCCUUCUCAUCGGAAGGGAAGACUAACCAACUAUCAACUACGGUUACGAGCACAGUAGUAGAGAGUCUUCUUAACGGUGUUACUGAGGUUGUCAGCGAUGCUAUGAACACUGUGAUUUCUUCCAUUUCGGGAAAUGAAUCUUUAACCCUGCAUCCUUUAUCAGUUGCUAACGAGCAGAGUGUUCCAGUUACUCAUAGUGGAACCAAUAUCAGCACUGAGGGAAAUUAUCUCCCUGGAGGAAGUUCACAAGAACUAUGCUUAAUCCUAAAUAUUAUUAUUUUCCUUCUUCCGUUCCUUUCGCUCUUAAUCGUAAUUCCCAUUGCAGCGUGGUUAUACGACAAAACCCCACUAGGAGGAUGCUACAAUAGAGUGUGUGACUUUUUGUGCGUUACCCCCGAUGAGGAUGAACAGGAUAACGAAGGUGAAAAUGAGAUAGAUGGUGACAUUGAAAAAGGAGCCUGCGCGGGAGGCGCCCGAAGGAAAUAUUCCCUUCAACUUGAAUUAAAAAAAAAUAAGAGAAGGAAAAAAAAAUUUAGAAGAAAGCAGAGGUCAUAUACUUUUCCAAAUCCUACUCUCACCAAAUCUGAUAUACAAGGUGUUCAGUUUACUCAUUGUGGUAAUGAAAGUGGAGAUACCUUGUUUAAUCCCCCAUUAUAUGGAACAUAUUUUAAUGAGCUUACGGGAGUUGAGGGGGAAAAAGAUGACAAUGGCAAUGACAAUAAAGGGACUCGUACUAAAGGAAGAAAAGAUAAGGAAGAUAAUCCCUUUGAGGGGAUAGGGCAUGUGAACUUUGCUUUUUGCUCCGAAUCACCAGAAUCAGGCAUGCAGGGAUAUGAGGAGAACCAUUUUUAA